UCAAGGUAAUCAGCAGGAGCAGGGGCAGGGAAUGUUGGAAAUUCAGCAGGGCAAGCAUUAGGCAGAGAACACUGGAGUAACUGGAGUUGGAAAUCCAACAGGAACAGUGGCCCUCGAGAACUGGAGGUCAACACCUGUGAAAUAGAGGGUGUUUGUGACUUCACUGCUAGUUUCCAGUCAUAUCAAAGAGCUAUGGAGGACAGGUUGUUUGCUUGUGGCAUCAUUCUGCUGGCCAUAAUUACAGGAAGCAGCGCACAGCUGGGUGUUUGUGGUGUGGCAGCACUCAACACAAAGAUUGUGGGGGGUGAAGAUGCAACUCCAGGGUCGUGGCCCUGGCAGGCCAGCCUGCAGCAGGACGGAGCGUUUUUCUGUGGAGGCUCUUUAAUUAAUAAUCAGUAUGUUCUGACUGCUGCUCAUUGCUUCCCUGGUACCAGCACAUCGGGUUUGGUUGUUUACCUCGGACGUCAGUAUCAGCAGAAUGUGAAUCCUAACGAGGUGUCUGCCACAGUGUCCCAGAUCAUCAAACAUCCAAGCUAUAACACCAUCACAAUGGAUAAUGACAUUGCUUUGUUGGAACUGUCCUCAACUAUCACCUUCACCGAUUACAUCAACCCUGUGUGCUUACCAACCAGCGGCAGCAGCUUUGAUGCUGGGACCAACUGCUGGGUCAGUGGCUGGGGAAACAUCCGAAAUAAUGUUCCUCUUCCUGGAUCUCAGACAUUGCAGGAAGUCAGCAUUCCUGUUGUGUCCAACAGUGACUGUAGCAGCAACUAUAGUGGAAGGUAUACAAUCACUGACAACAUGGUGUGUGCUGGUCUUCCUCAGGGAGGAAAGGAUUCCUGCCAGGGAGAUUCAGGCGGGCCGCUGGUGACUAAAAACACAAAUGCCAACGUAUGGGUCCAGAUUGGAGUGGUGAGCUUUGGAGACGGCUGUGCUCAACCCAAUUCCCCAGGAGUCUACGCCAGAGUGUCCCAGUACCAGGACUGGAUCAACAGCCAGAUAUCCACCAACCAACCAGGCUUUGUACCGAGCUCUGCUCCAGCACUCAAAGCCAGUCAGUUCAUCUGCCUCUCAGUGCUGUCCAUUCUGCACAUGGUCCUCUCCUUCUUUAUCUUGUCAUAGGACGCUUACUGAUGCCAAAAAUGACAAUUUAUCAGCAGAUCAUUUUGGAAUGGGCCAACUGAUCAUAAAACAGAACAGUUAGCUGCACUUUGCUCUGGUUAACAACCAACAGACAACCAGGAUUCCUGUCUUCCGCCUUUGACAGACUGUGUAAAUAUAAUGUUUUCAAUAAGGACUGUUUGAAUGAGGACUAGGAGGUUCAUCAGACGUAAACACAGAUAGAAAAUAAAAAGUAUACAUACAUUUUGCAGGAAACAAUUGUGAUCCUAAUAUCAUAAUCUCAAGAUAAUAACAGAUGAUUCACAGAAGAACCGCACUGUUAAAAUAAGACACUGUUUUCCAUAUAAACACCUUGUCCAAAAUGUUUGUGCUCUAAUGAAGGACUGCACUUUACCUUAUAUAACUUGUAUUUGUAUUUUAUGACUAUGUUUGUAAUCUGAAAGAGAUCAAAUGCAAAAUAAUGUUUGGAUGUUUUGUACAAAUAUCAAUGUUGUAAGUGUUUUAUACUUGAAGAUUUAUAGACUGUGAGUGCACAGACCUUGAAUUUUGAAGUUUUCCACUGGGGCCAGUACAUGAAACCAGUUUAGGUUUAAGUUCCAACAUAGUUUGCAUGGACUAGACCAAGAAUGAAGCUAUAAAUGUUUACAAUUUUACGUGAAUGGUAGUUAGCAAUUAGCACUAUUGUACUAUUGUGGUGAAGACUCUCAAGAAUUAUUGCAGGACAAUUUAUUUAAAAUCCUUACAAUCGAUUUUUUUAGAGGGGCAUUUGAAAUACAGUACAUACAAUAAAAUAAAUGCAAUUUUUUAAGUUUCUGAGCUCCGCUGCAGAUGAUUGUCAAGUGGGAAACUACAAAGUGAAGUAAAAUAGAUAAGCGACCGCUGUGUUUUCUAUGAAGAAUGGGAGCAGUAGAGAGAUUUAGCUUAUGAAGUGAAGACGCUGGUUUGACUCCAAACCUACGGCAGAGCAUCAUCAGUCUAUGAGGGUUCAUUAGACCUAGUCACAGCCACAAGACUCAUGAGUCAUGUCUCAUCCUGUUUAGCUCUAGCCUUACUUCUAUUUAUCAUUACACACACCUGUCUUGAAUUAAUCAUCACUCACCUGGGUACUUAACCACCACCAGUCACCACAGUCAUUUGCCAGAUCGUGGAAUGCAAGUCAUCGCUUUCCAGCAGUUUCUCAGUUCAGCUUACCUCGUCUGUUCCGUACUUCUGACCACUGACUCCUGCUUAACCCUGAAUGGUACUGUAACCCUGUUUGUUCUGUUGCUGAACCUUGCCUAUCUCUGGACCCGAUUGCGUCUGCUCCUUUUGUACCUAAGCCUGAGCCUUUCUGUGCAUGACCUGGACUGUCUGUGACAACGAUUGACGGAAUAAACCUUGAUUUCUUUACCAACUA